ACGAGGUUGAAAGCAUACCUCUUUGUCAGCCGGGGUUCGUUUUCUGUCUAGUCAUACGAUUUGGUACUUCGAAAGGGAGUGCUCUCAUCCUAUCGUAUCUUGGACAUCGUAGGUCGCAGAAACCUAAAACUUUCGUCGUGAAAUGGCCUCGAUGGGAGCUUUGGCGUUCGAUGAGUUUGGGCGGCCCUUCAUUAUCAUCAAAGACCAAGACAAGCAGAAAAGACUUACCGGUAACGCAGCUAUUAAAUCUCAUAUUUUAGCAGCGAGAACAGUUGCGAGCACACUAAGGACAUCCUUGGGACCUAAAGGAUUGGACAAACUGAUGGUCUCGGCUGAUGGUGACAUCACAAUUACUAAUGAUGGGGCAACCAUUCUGAAAAUGAUGGAUGUGGACCAUCAGAUUGCAAAACUCCUUGUACAGCUGUCCCAGUCUCAGGAUGAUGAAAUUGGUGAUGGAACUACUGGUGUAGUAGUUCUAGCAGGAGCUCUCUUGGAGAAGGCGGAACACUUGCUGGACAAAGGUGUACAUCCUAUCCGUAUUGCUGAUGGAUUUGAAAUGGCUGCACGUUGUGCAAUCCAAAGCCUCGAACGAAGUGCAGAGACUUUUCCAUUGGACGUGAACAAUUUGGAGCCACUUAUUCAGACGGCGAUGACUACACUUGGUUCUAAAAUCAUUAAUAAAUGCCAUCGACAUAUGGCCGAAAUCGCGGUUAAUGCUGUGUUAGCCGUUGCCGAUAUGGAAACCCGUGAUGUAAACUUUGAAUUGAUCAAAGUGGAGACCAAAGUCGGUGGUCAACUUGAGGAUACCAUGUUAGUUAAAGGUGUCAUUGUGGACAAGGAUUUCUCUCAUCCUCAAAUGCCUAAGGUUUUGAAGAAUGUGAAAAUUGCCAUCCUUACCUGUCCGUUCGAACCCCCAAAACCCAAGACCAAGCAUAAGUUGGAUGUCACCUCGGUUGAAGACUACAAAAAUUUGAGAAAGUACGAGCACGAGAAAUUCGAAGAAAUGGUCAAGCAGGUGAAAGACUCUGGGGCUGGUUUAGCUAUUUGCCAGUGGGGUUUCGAUGACGAAGCAAACCACAUGCUUCUUCAGCGUGAACUCCCUGCCGUCCGUUGGGUUGGAGGACCCGAAAUUGAGUUGAUUGCGAUUGCCACUGGAGGGCGUAUCGUUCCUCGAUUCGAAGAACUCACCCCAGACAAGCUUGGCUAUGCUGGAAUUGUUAAAGAAUUAUGUUUUGGAACGACAAAGGAUCGCAUGCUGGUCAUUGAAGAAUGCACCAACUCCAAGGCCGUUACCAUUUUUAUCCGUGGUGGCAACAAGAUGAUUGUCGAAGAAGCCAAGCGUAGUAUUCAUGAUGCUCUCUGCGUUAUUCGCAAUUUGGUUCGAGACAACCGCAUUGUGUACGGAGGUGGAGCUCCCGAAAUCUCCUGUGCGAUUGCGGUAGCCAAGGAAGCCGAUUCGAUCAAAACUCUGGAGCAGUAUCCAUUCCGCGCGUUUGCAGAUGCAUUGGAAUCAAUUCCCCUUGCCCUGGCCGAAAACUCCGGUCUCAAUCCCAUCCACACUUUAACGGAAAUUAAAGCUCGUCAAGUUGCAGAAAAUAACCCUGCUCUUGGAAUCGACUGUCUAUGCAAAGGCACAGCCGAUAUGAAAGAGCAACACGUCAUUGAAACACUUCAUAGCAAGAAACAACAGAUUCUUCUUGCCACUCAAGUGGUUAAGAUGAUACUCAAAAUCGAUGACGUCCGUUCCCCAGACGAUGGUUAUUGAGGUUUCCCGGACUUUAUCACAAAGUCGAUUGCUUGGCAUCAAUUGUAUUAGGUUUUUUUCCUAUUUUUUACUGUUUGCCUCAAUUAAUAAACGCUCGGCUUGUUUUGUAAUUAA